UACCACUACUCCUACCACCAAACACCAGAAACCAAAUAUAGUAACUACACCUGCUUAAUUCGGCUUUCCUCGAUCGAAUGGCUUCCAGUGCUGGUAGUACUGAUGUUGUGAAAGCCGGAUACUGGUUUGUCGGGUAUGACAACAUCCGGCCGGUAGCAGAAAUACCUUCCCAACGCUUCACACAUCUUUAUGCUGGCUUUGCCGUGGUCAACAUUGAUACUGGAGAGGUCACCUUUCCUCCCGAAUACGAGCAAGAAUUCAAAACCUUCCCCGACACGGUUCGACAACGAAACCCUACGGUGAAAGCUCUGUUAUCCAUCGGUGGUCCUGGCUCACCUGACAUAUCUCUAGUGGUGAGAGAUGAUGCUAGGCGUACAAAAUUCAUAGAGACCUCCAAAAAUCUAGCCAUGGAUCAGUCCGGUUACAAUGGCCUUGACCUCUGCUGGCUGUACCCCUCCCCGUUAGACAACGUUUCCGACCUCAUGGAUUUCCUGAAACAAUGGCGUGGUGCCGUGAGCCAAGAUGACAAAAAAGAAAAUAAAGAUGAUAAGUUCCUGCUAACUGCAGCGGUGUUUUACCACCCGGCCAUUCCCAGCUCAGGCGGAAGGUUUUUCAAUUAUCCCAACAUUUCAGUCUUCUUGGACUGGAUCAACGUACUGGCCAUUGACUUCUGUACUUCCUCCAACUUAUCGUGGGAGACUGGACCGGUUCAUGCGUGGUCUAAUUCUAAAGAGAAAAGCAGGUACGGUCCGUGCGGAAGUGAUGGCAUUCGUCACUGGAUUAACAGUGGGGUUGCGACCAACAAAUUAGUUCUCGGCCUUCCAUUUCAUGGCUAUGAAUGGAUUCUAAACGACCCGAUGGACUAUGGAUUCUUUGCACCGGCUCAUAAAAAAGAUGAAUCCCCCGAACCCUACAGUACUAUCCAUGCAAAGAUCCUGAAUAAUAAUUUUGACACCAAAUAUGAUGGGGAAUAUGUUGCUACCUACUCGCAUAAGGAUAGGAUUUGGAUUGGUUAUGAUGAUAUAACUAGCAUCCGUGAAAAGGUUACGGAGGCAAUUGAAAUGGAUUUGGGUGGUUACUUCGCAUGGCAUGUGGGCGAGGACGACAGGACUUGGACCCUUUCUGUUGAAGCCUUCUUCGCGGGGAAAAGGCCGAUAGCGCGGCCUAGCUGAUGAUAAAUAUCCGGAAUGGCCGCCAGUAUUGUGAAGAAUUAUUAACAGCAUAGGCCAGCCAGCAAUCAGAUAUGGUGUGUUUGCUAUGUAUGUAUGUGUGCUUGUGUUAUCAGUAUUAAGGCCAAUGGUAGAUCAUGUUCUAAUGUUACAAUUAUAUGUAACAUAGAAGCUUGUAUCCUCAACAAUAAGGCCAUGAAUGUCUAUGCUGUGUUAAUUGUAUGUAAUAUAAUAAGGUCAUUCUUAUGGCCACAGCUUGUACGCGCGAUAAUUUAUCAUCAAUGUUGUGUAUUAUAAUAAAAUUAUAAAAAGGAAAUACUUCCUUCUGUAUUA